UUUCAGCGUGAAUGUAUCUCUAUCCACGUGGGCCAGGCCGGAGUCCAGAUGGGCAAUGCCUGCUGGGAGCUGUACUGCCUGGAGCACGGCAUCCAGCCUGAUGGUCAGAUGCCCAGUGACAAGACCAUCGGAGGUGGUGAUGACUCCUUCAAUGCCUUCUUCAGCGAGACUGGCAGUGGCAAGCACGUCCCCCGUGCCGUCUUUGUCGAUCUUGAGCCGACUGUUAUAGAUGAGGUUCGUACUGGCACCUACCGCCAGCUCUUUCAUCCUGAGCAGCUGAUCACAGGCAAGGAGGAUGCUGCCAACAACUACGCCAGGGGCCACUACACCAUCGGGAAAGAGAAAAUCGAUUUUGUUUUGGACCGAGUCCGUAAGUUGGCUGACCAGUGCACGGGUCUCCAGGGUUUCCUCGUCUUCCACAGCUUCGGUGGAGGCACCGGCUCCGGCUUCACAUCCCUGUUGAUGGAGCGUCUCUCUGUCGACUACGGUAAGAAGUCCAAGCUGGAGUUUGCCGUCUACCCUGCUCCUCAGAUCUCCACUGCUGUUGUUGAGCCCUACAACUCUGUUUUGACCACCCAUACCACCCUGGAGCAUUCCGACUGUGCCUUCAUGGUCGACAACGAGGCUAUCUACGACAUCUGUCGUCGCAAUCUCGACAUCGCUCGUCCGACCUACACCAACCUCAACCGUCUGAUCGGUCAGAUUGUGUCCUCUAUUACUGCGUCUCUUCGUUUUGAUGGCGCCCUCAAUGUCGACUUAACUGAGUUCCAGACCAACUUGGUGCCAUAUCCUAGAAUCCAUUUCCCUCUGGCUACCUAUGCCCCUGUCGUCUCUGCUGAGAAGGCCUACCAUGAGCAGCUGACCGUUGCAGAAAUCACAACUGCUUGCUUUCAGCCUAACAACCAGAUGGUGAAGUGCGAUCCCCGUCACGGCAAGUACAUGGCCUGCUGUCUGCUCUUUCGUGGUGAUGUCGUUCCUAAAGAUGUCAACGCUGCCAUAGCAACCAUCAAGACUAAGCGCACCAUCCAGUUCGUGGACUGGUGUCCAACUGGCUUCAAGGUGGGCAUCAACUACCAGCCACCCACCGUCGUGCCUGGCGGUGAUCUGGCCAAGGUGCAGCGUGCCGUCUGCAUGCUGAGCAACACCACGGCCAUCGCCGAGGCCUGGGCUCGUCUGGAUCACAAAUUUGAUCUGAUGUACGCCAAGCGUGCUUUCGUCCACUGGUACGUGGGAGAGGGUAUGGAGGAGGGCGAAUUCUCUGAGGCUCGUGAGGAUAUGGCUGCCUUGGAGAAGGAUUACGAGGAGGUCGGUGUCGACUCUGUUGACAACGAAGGAGAGGAAGAAGGCGAGGAGUACUAAAUUCUUAAUUUGAAA